GUGGGCAUAACCCCUCCUGAAACUUACCGUACCGUCAUCUUCUUCUCCGUCUCUCUCUUUUUCCACGGCAGCGACCAGUGGCGGCGAACCUCGCCGGCGUUGGGACGCACCAGCCUUCGCCGGAGAACACCAUACACGUCCGGCUUCUCAUGCGUCCACCGCUGCAGUCGCCAUGAGUGACGCCGUCUCAAGCUUUCCGGGUGCGGCGCGCAGUGGGACCCACGUGUCGGUCUCAUACUCACCAUAAGAGCGGUGAAGUCGGCUGUGGCGUUGACCACCGACGUUGAAAAUGGAAGCGCACAUGCACAUGAAUGCCCGUGCGAUGGGCAUGUGCCCCAUCCCGCCGAGCUAGAGCGCCGCGACGCCUCGCCUUCCCCUCCACCACCACCUGCUCCUCCUCCUCCUCGCCCUCGCCUCUUACAUGGAAGACGCCCACCACCACCACUGGACAAUGGUGGAGUGCAGCGGAACUCAGCUCUGGGCCUCCGGCCGCCCCUUCAUCAUCCACGGCUUCAACACCUACUGGCUCAUGUCAUUCGCCGCUGACCAAGCCACGCGCCCGCGGGUCACCGCCGCCAUCGCCGAGGCCGCCGAGGCCGGCCUCAACGUCUGCCGCACCUGGGCCUUUAGUGACGGCGGUUACCGCGCGCUGCAGACCGUACCCUUCCACUACGACGAGGAUGUCUUCCAGGCUUUAGACUUUGUGGUCAGCGAGGCAAAAAGGCAUAACAUGAGGUUGAUACUGUCACUUUGUAACAACUGGGAAGAUUAUGGAGGCAAGGCACAGUAUGUGAGAUGGGGAAAAGAGGCUGGUCUAGAUCUUACUUCUGAAGAUGACUUCUUCUCUGACCCAACAAUUAAGAGCUACUACAAAGCUUUUGUUGAGGCUGUUGUGACAAGAAUAAACACGGUUACGAAUGAAACCUACAAAGAUGAUCCUACUAUUCUUGCCUGGGAGCUAAUUAAUGAGCCACGCUGCCCUUCAGAUCCAUCUGGAGAUACUUUGCAGGCAUGGAUAGAAGAGAUGGCAUCUUAUGUGAAGAGUAUAGACCCUGUGCAUCUCUUGGAGAUUGGUAUUGAAGGCUUUUAUGGCCUAUCCACUCCAGAACUUCUGCCUGUUAACCCAGAUGAGUAUUCAGGGCAUGCUGGAACAGACUUCAUCAGGAACCAUCAAGCACCUGGAAUUGACCUGGCGUCUAUUCAUGUUUACUCUGACACUUGGCUGCCUCACUCGAUAAAGGAAAAUCACCUUCAAUUUGUGGAUAAAUGGAUGCAACAACAUAUUCAUGAUGCAGCCAAUUUACUUGGGAUGCCAAUUGUGGUUGGGGAGUUUGGGGUAUCAGUUAAGGACGGGAAGUUUGGUAAUGAAUUCCGUGAAGAUUUCAUGAAGACAGUUUACAGAAUUUUCUUGAGUUCUUGGAAGGAAGGAGUGAUUGGAGGAGGUUGCCUUCUUUGGCAGCUUUUCCCUGAAGGAGCAGAGCACAUGGAUGAUGGUUAUGCAGUUAUUUUUGCAAAAUCACCAUCCACAUUAAGCUUACUUGCAAAUCACUUAAGGUGUCUGGAAUGUUGAGACUCAAAGUGGUGUUUCCCUUCUUUGUACUUCCUCCGUUUCAUAUUAUAAGACUUUCUAGCAUUGUCCACAUUCAUAUACAUGUUAAUAAAUCUAGACAUAUGUGUGUGUCUAUUCAUUAACAUCUAUAUGAAUGGGACAAUGCUAGAAAGUCUUAUAACCUGAAACGGAGGUAGUAUAUGAUAGUGUAUGUUUUACUAUAUUUGUAAAGCAAAGACCAUUUCUGUAAAGUCGAACAAAUGUUUUAAUUUUAACUUGUAAGGCCCUAAUGCCGGUCUUCCAUUUUUACAAGACAGCAUGAUGUCAUGCAAAUGAAAGAUAAAUAUUUGAUGUUUAAAUGCAAUUCCUUCCUUCCAUUA